UAGCUGCAUUAGCUUGUGGUUGCGGCUCCGGUGGUCUCCGCCUUUUUAACGUGGAACCGAGCGGCGGAAAGCGGAGACCGGAGACCGGAGCCCGCAGAGGACGAGCGUUCCCCGGCCCAUCGGCUCCCUCCUCCCGGGCAGAGAGUCGACAUGAAGCCGUGAGGAGAGCCCUCGGUCCCGGGGACAGCACAGAGCAGCGGCUGGAUGUGAAGUGGAGGUCGCAGACGACAUGUCGGAGCAGCCGGACCCUGAAGAUGCUGCGUUGGAGUCGGAGCGAGACAUUUACAUGAGAUUCAUGAAGUGUCACAGGUGUUAUGACAUCAUCCCGACCAGCUCCAAACUGGUGGUGUUCGACACGACGCUGCAGGUGAAGAAAGCGUUUUUUGCUCUUGUGGCAAACGGAGUGAGAGCUGCUCCACUGUGGGAGAGCAAGAAACAGAGCUUUGUAGGGAUGUUGACGAUCACAGACUUUAUCAACAUCCUGACCAGAUACUACAAAUCCCCCAUGGUUCAGAUCUACGAGCUGGAGGAACAUAAGAUCGAGACGUGGAGAGAGCUGUACCUGCAGGAGACCUUCAAACCGCUGGUCCACAUCUCACCUGACGCCAGUAUAUUUGACGCAGUGUACUCGCUUAUAAAAAAUAAAAUCCAUCGACUUCCUGUCAUCGACCCGGUGAGCGGGAACGCUCUCUACAUUCUGACACACAAGAGGAUCCUCAAGUUCCUGCAGCUGUUUGUGUGUGAGAUGCCCAUGCCUGCCUUCAUGAAUCAGACUCUGGAGGAACUCGGCGUUGGGACGUACGCUAACAUUGCCUUCAUCCACCCUGACACGCCCCUCAUCACUGCGCUGUCUGUCUUCACACACCGCCGCGUCUCCGCCCUGCCAGUCGUGGAUCACCAUGGUAAAGUCGUGGACAUCUACUCCAAGUUCGACGUGAUUAACCUGGCAGCAGAGAAAACGUACAACAACCUGGACGUGACAGUGACUCAGGCACUCAGACACAGAUCUCAGUACUUUGAAGGAGUCAUGAAGUGCAACAAACUGGAAACACUGGAAACGAUAGUGGACCGAAUCGUGAAGGCUGAGGUUCACAGGCUGGUUGUUGUUGAUGACGAGUCUCGUAUCAUCGGCAUCGUCUCUCUCUCCGACAUCCUGCAGGCACUUGUAUUAACCCCUGCAGGUCUUGGGAGGAAAGAGUCUCUUCCGUCUCAGCAGACAACUCUGGACUCGUCACAGCCAGAGACAGGACUGGAUCAAGACCAGGAUCAGCUCCAGGAUAAAAUCCAGGGCCAGGAUCAGGUCCAGGACCAGGAUCAGGUCCAGGAUAAAAUCCAGGACCAGGAUCAGGUCCAGGACCAGGAUCAGGUCCAGGAUCAGGUCCAGGAUCAGGAUCAGGAUCAGAUUUGA